AUGCAUAUCAAUAGGCUGUUGUUUGCCAUAUUAAUUGUAUGGUUGAUAUGUAUUAAGCGUGUAGUCCGGGCCCGAGUCAAGCGCUGUUAUGUUUGCCGAUCCCGUGGACCGUUGGGUGAUUGUAAAGACCCGUUUGAGUACAACACGACAACACCAACUGUAGACCGAAUGGCUGUCGAGACACAACCCUGUGCUAGUGGUUGGUGCGGAAAGUCAGUCGAGGGUCAAUCGGAUGGCCAGCACGUGUUGGCCACUGAACGUAUGUGUCUUCAACGGCCACCCAGUGAUCAUAAGGAGCGGUGCGGAGACACCAUCUAUGGUCACACUAGAAAGUCAUUCUUCAUGUGCUUCUGUAGAGGAGAUCUAUGCAAUCAAUCGACCACUGGAUUAGCAUAUCAUUUGCCAACACAACUAUCAAUCAUAUUAAUUGCCAUUUUGUUUAUAUAA